UUUGCUUUUGGGUUGUUUUUGCAAUAGUGGUGAUGGAUUUGUGUCCAAUCAUACAGUCUUACCCAUUGCCUUUGUGACUCUUGGCAUGUCUUAUGAGGCAGCUAGCCAGGAUUAGUGGGGUAGAAACUAUAGCUCUGGAACAAAGUGAAGCUAACAGGCUGAACCUUCAACCUUGGCCUUAUUAUUAAUGCAUUAUGUCAGAUAUUAUAUUGUUAAACUAAAAAUUGAAUAUCUUGGAUUCCAUUAUUCCAGGACCCUAAAAGAACUUUAAACUUCUGUUACACAAGAUUCAGUAUUACUGUGAACUAGUCAUAAUUAUCAUCUAGAUUUUUCAGAAAGAAUGUUUGAAGAGGUUAAUUAUUAAUAAAAGACACAUAAGUUAGUACUGAAGGUGGGAUUGGAUUUUGUGUACUUUUUCUGCAUUCCUCCUAUAUUAAAUGUUCUAUAUUAAUGUAGAUCAGUGGUUCAUAAAGUGUAUUUCCCAAACCAUCAGUGUCAGCAUUCCUUAGAAAUAUGUUAAAAAUGAAUUCUUGAGCCCUACCUCAGACCUAACUAAAUAAAAAAUUUUGAGAGCGUGGUCCAGUGGUUUGUGUCUUAACAAGCCCUGGAGGUGAUCCUGAUGCAUGCCAAAGUUUGAGAACCACCAUCUUGGACCUCUUGCUAGUUAGUACCUAGUAACUCCAUCAACAUUAGCUGAAAUGGACUAAGUUAAGGUCUGUCUAUAUUGGAGCUACUAUCAGCCUAUUACUUGAUAGCAUUUUUGUAAAAAUGUUGACUAAAGUAGUAGAAGAUAAAAGUCAUCUCUUACAGAUUUAUUAUAGCUGAUUUUUAGAAAAUUUCCUAAGGUCUUUUCUUUUCCAAUGCCGAGUAACACCAAUCAAUACAUAUUUUAGGCUUUUUCUUAAAAAUGGAACUUUGGCGAGAUACAUGAGUGAUACCAUGCAUUUAGAAAAGUUAUUAUAAAAAAGUAAUUCCAGGAGGCUAUCACCUGAACUAGUAAAGCCUGAAUUAUGCCCAAGGGAAGGAAAUAACCUGGAUACAGAUGUCCAGAAAGCAGUUACCUCAUGAACCAGAAUUGCUGUUGAAGCUCUAGCCAUUGCAUCUUUAUUCCAUUCAAAAGGAAGGAGGAAAAGAAGAAGAAGGACAUGCCCCCUCUCUUUAAAGGAUACUUUUUUUAGAAGCCACAUACAUUUUUUUAGCUUAUAUCCAGUUGACCAGAAUGUGAUCCCAUGGCCAUACCCAGCCACAGGGGAGGCUAAGAUAAGUAGUCUCUUCUGUGAGCUCUUGUGCCAAGUUAAAAACUGGGGGUUCUGUCAUUAAGGAAUAAGAAGAGAAUGGGUAUUGGAGACAAUUAGCCACUUCUUCUUUGGUUUACAAAUGGAUAAUUUCAAAAAGGAGAAAUGUAUUUUCCAGUUAAUGUGUUAAGAGCCAUUGACAUUUGAAGAUCAUCAGAAGUGAAGAUAAAACAUCUCAAAAAUUAUAAUAUUAAAUUUACAUGCCCUGGUGUGUGUUGGCAGUUGCCAAAGUGUCUCCUGCUGCAUAUCGUGAAGAAACAAUUUUUGCCUCCUAGGGAAGACUGAAGAUAUAUUUGAAAACCAAAUGCAUAGUGGUGAUAACUGAAGCCAUGGGAAUGUGUGAUAUUUCAGAGAGAGAGAGAACAGAGCCAAGUGCCUCCACUUCUCAUUCGGAGAAUUCAGUGCAUACAAAAUCAGCUUCUGUCAUAUCAUCGGAUUCCAUUUCAACUUCUGCAGACAACUUUUCUCCUGAUUUGAGGGUCCUGAGGGAGUCUAACAAAUUAGCAGAAAUGGAAGAACCACCCUUGCUUCCAGGAGAAAAUAUUAAAGACAUGGCCAAAGAUGUAACUUAUAUAUGUCCAUUCACUGGUGCUGUACGAGGAACCCUAACUGUCACAAAUUACAGGUUAUAUUUCAAAAGCAUGGAACGGGACCCUCCAUUUGUUUUAGAUGCUUCUCUUGGUGUGAUAAGUAGAGUAGAAAAAAUUGGUGGUGCUUCCAGUCGAGGUGAAAAUUCUUAUGGACUAGAAACUGUGUGCAAGGAUAUCCGGAAUUUACGGUUUGCCCAUAAACCUGAGGGGCGAACAAGAAGGUCUAUAUUUGAGAAUCUAAUGAAAUACGCAUUCCCUGUCUCUAAUAACCUGCCCCUUUUUGCUUUUGAAUACAAAGAAGUAUUCCCUGAAAAUGGGUGGAAGGUGUAUGAUCCUCUUUUAGAGUAUAGACGGCAGGGAAUUCCUAAUGAAAGCUGGAGGAUAACAAAGAUAAAUGAACGAUAUGAGCUGUGUGAUACAUACCCUGCCCUCUUGGUUGUGCCAGCAAAUAUUCCUGAUGAAGAAUUAAAGAGAGUAGCAUCCUUCAGAUCAAGGGGCCGUAUCCCAGUUUUAUCAUGGAUUCAUCCAGAAAGUCAAGCCACAGUCACUCGAUGUAGCCAGCCCAUGGUAGGAGUGAGUGGGAAGCGAAGUAAAGAAGAUGAAAAAUACCUUCAAGCCAUCAUGGAUUCCAAUGCCCAGUCUCAUAAAAUCUUUAUAUUCGAUGCUCGGCCAAGUGUUAAUGCUGUUGCCAAUAAGGCAAAGGGUGGGGGUUAUGAAAGUGAAGAUGCCUAUCAAAAUGCAGAACUAGUUUUUCUGGAUAUCCACAAUAUUCAUGUUAUGAGAGAAUCAUUACGAAAACUUAAGGAGAUUGUGUACCCCAACAUUGAGGAAACUCACUGGUUGUCUAACUUGGAAUCUACUCACUGGCUAGAACACAUUAAGCUUAUUCUUGCAGGGGCUCUUAGGAUUGCUGACAAGGUCGAGUCAGGGAAGACGUCUGUGGUAGUACAUUGCAGUGAUGGUUGGGACCGCACAGCUCAGCUAACUUCCCUGGCCAUGCUCAUGUUGGAUGGAUACUAUAGAACCAUUCGAGGAUUUGAAGUCCUUGUGGAGAAAGAAUGGCUAAGCUUUGGACAUCGAUUUCAACUAAGAGUUGGCCAUGGAGAUAAGAACCAUGCAGAUGCAGACAGAUCACCUGUUUUUCUUCAGUUUAUUGACUGUGUCUGGCAAAUGACAAGACAGUUUCCUACAGCAUUUGAAUUCAGUGAAUAUUUUCUCAUUACCAUUUUGGACCACCUAUACAGCUGUUUAUUUGGAACAUUCCUAUGUAAUAGUGAACAGCAGAGAGGAAAAGAGAAUCUUCUCAAAAGGACUGUGUCACUGUGGUCUUACAUAAAUAGCCAGCUUGAAGACUUCACUAAUCCUCUCUAUGGGAGCUAUUCCAAUCAUGUCCUUUAUCCAGUAGCCAGUAUGCGCCACCUAGAGCUCUGGGUGGGAUAUUACAUAAGGUGGAAUCCACGGAUGAAACCACAGGAGCCCAUUCACAACAGAUAUAAAGAACUUCUUGCUAAACGAGCAGAGCUUCAGAAAAAAGUAGAGGAACUACAGAGAGAGAUUUCGAACCGAUCAACCUCAUCCUCAGAGAGAGCCAGUUCUCCUGCACAGUGUGUCACUCCUGUCCAAACUGUUGUAUGAAUGGACUGUCUGAUUGGGGUUACCAUCACCCCAAACUCUUCACUACCACGGCAGCUUUAUGAAUAGAAAGUCUUUUGAUUUUGGAACCCAUCUGUGAGAGAAGUUCAGUCACUUUAUUUAUUUUAAAUUUCUCUAGAAUGAGUUUAGAAUUGUUUAGCAGUGCAGGUGGCUCAGGUGAAAUAACACUAUAUAAUUACAUUAUUAUGACACUAAUAAGGCACCCAAAGAAUAUCAAAAAUGUUUAAAUCCUGGAUCUGCAGUGGAACAUUUUCUGAUUUUAAGAGGAAGGUGCUGUCUUAAGAGAUUUUGGCAUCUGGUAAAACCACUUCCGAAACAUACCUCUUGAUGGGACAGAGCUCAUUGCACAGAGGGAGGGAGUAGCAUCGCAGUGUCCAGACCAACCCAACACGCCAUCAUAUAUAUUUGGACCUUGAAGUCAUGAUGGAUCCAAAUCAUCUGAUACCCCCUCCUCCAUCAUGGGUUUUUCUUUUAUGUAGUAACUGAUUUCUUUGAUCACCUUUCAACACCCAUAUUUUUCAUAUAGUGAAAGCAGUCUUGAGGAUAUUAUGUAGUAGUAGUUGACAAUUACUGAUGUCAUUUAUAUACUUAAGAUAUAUUAGAUAGCUAUUCCAAAAUGAUGCCUUAUAGAAGUGCUUGGGGUGAGUGGGGGAGAGAAAGUGGUAGCUGUUCAGUUCAAAGAAUUCCACAUCCUUGAGAUUAGCUUCCAUUUGCUCAGUUACCAGAAACAUCAUGAAAGGUUUUAAAAACUCAUUAUCUACCCCAUUGCAUUUUACUUACAAUUUUGAACACAAGAGGAUUGGUAAAUUUUGAGACAAUAUUUAAAAAUUUUAUUAGGAUUGAUUAUAAAUAGCUUAUGGUAAAAUAGAGUACUGUGCUCAAAUUUUACAUAAAAUAUUUUACUACUUUUUUUCUUUGCAAACUCUAUAAUUCCACGAAUGAUUAAGUCUACCAAAGAACACAGUGCAUGUAAAGAUGUAUUACAGUCUCAAUGCCAGUAAAGGAAAUCUUGCUUCACUGCUCACCUGCUACAGUUAAGAGUUUAGCACUAUGUAAACAUUGACUCCCUGAUGUCUGUUUUACUCUAUAAGAGCCAUAUGUAAAGUACUGUAACAAAGGAGCUUCUUGUCCCAUGGGUCUUUAAUUAAAAGAAAAUUGCAACUGA